GGGUCGGGACAGUAAGUUUGGCCUUUGAACAGAUACAGGAACUCGGAAAUGGCGAAACCACAGCUAAAACAAGGCGUGAGGUCGGCCGACAGACUGAGGAGUCGGAUGAAAAUGCCUCCACUCGUUCAGCCCUCGCGAAUAAAGGCGGUGGCGACGACCAAAACAAGUAAAGCAGUGUUCCUGACGGAGCGUGAAAACGGCGUGGUGAGUCCGGCAGAAGAGGACAGCCCCGGUGAGCAGAACGUGGUGAUGAUCGAUGUCCAGACUGGAGCUGAAGGGGACAGCAGACAAGACAAGAUCUCUCCUGCUGACAUACUGCAGAAGUCUGGUGAAAAGGAUUAUGGGAAGGUGUAUGAAGUGGACCUCCAUGCUGAGGACAUCACCAGAAUACACAACCUGGAGAAGUUCACCAAACUGCGUAUUCUAGAUCUGUCCUGCAAUCAGCUGACAACAAUAGAGAAACUAGAUCAGAACAAGGAUCUUCGGGAGCUGAAACUAUAUGGAAACAAGAUAACAGACGUCCAGAAUCUAGACAGAUUACAAGAGCUUGCCUGCUUGCAGCUUCAGCAUAACAGAAUACGCAGACUAGGGAAGGGUCUGAGCUGCUUAAGAAAACUGAAGAUCCUGCGGAUAGACAGUAACGACAUCUCUCAGCUGGAGGGGAAGGAGCUGACAGCAAACUCACAACUCACACACCUGGACGUCAGCUGUAACAAGCUACAGGAACUGGCGGCUGUGAACUGUCUGCCACACCUUGAGGAACUGAAUGCCUCCAACAACAGACUUGCUGCCAUCAGAACUAUGAGGUGUAAAAAAUUGCAGGAUCUGGACCUGUCCACCAACUUCCUGACUGACUUGUCUGGUUUGAAAGAUCUACACAGCUUAACUACUUUAAACCUAGCAACCAAUAGACUAUCCAGUCUCACAGCAAUAGGAAAACUCAGACAUCUGCAGGACCUGAAUGUAUCUAACAACCUACUGAAGGAGCUGGGAAACAUCUCAGAACAGUUUCCAGCUUUGGAAGUCUUCAACGUCAGCGAAAACGCCAUAGUCUCAUGGGAACAAGUGUGCCUGUUGUCCAAGUGCCUGCAACUAGCCGAACUGCACAUCUCUGGAAACCCCUUCUGUAAGGAGAGAUUCAGUUACCACCAGGAGUUACAGAGCCAAAUACCCUCUCUUGAACUUCUGGAUGGGCUGACUACAAAGAGACAGUGUGGCAGGGUUGGGUCAGCACCAGUCAUGAGACCCAUGUCUGCAUCAACAAUUGUAAGUGCCAGACAGGUGGAGAGCCAGCUGAGGAAUGUGGAGCAACAGCUGAGCACAUUCCAAACUGACUUAGGACAAAGGUUCUCUUCCCUAAGAGCCACCAUGGACUCCCUGCCGGUCGAGCCUCCACUGUCAGCACGGUCAGUUGGAGACAGAAGUGACAGUCGGCCAUCCUCAGGUGCAAGUUCCAGACCUGUCAGCAGGUGCAGCAGCCGAGCACGACUCAAGGAGGCCAAGGAUUUUGCAGCAAAGAACUUCCAGUCUUGAUUACUGACAGAAGUCUUCUGGGAUCUUCAAAGACAUCCAGAACACGCUAUGGGACACAAAACUGUAACAGUGUCUUUCUUUGGAGAAAACACUACCCUUGGACAGUCAUACAGUGUAUGCCAAAUUACUUGUGAAUAAGAUUAAAUACCUGCUAAAUGAACAGCAGGCAGCAGAUAUAUGUUAAAUUUUGAUCAAGGCAUGAAUGAUCAAGU